CCCGCCCCCGCGCCUCCGUCCAUCCGGGUUCACGUCUCUCGUGCUGUCUUGCAAGCAUGGAGCUCCACGGCGAACGCGUGUCCGGCCCCACAGCUUCGUCGUCUUCUGGAGACUGCUCGGAGGUCACGGUGUCCAGGGAGCUGCUGACCGCGGGGAGCGAGGGUUCGGGAGGUAUCUGGGACCAAUUGCUCAUCAGCUCUAAGCCUCAUUCCAAGAAGACUUCUGCUCUUCAAACAGUUAGGAUGCAGAGGAGCCCUUUGUUAGACCAGGUUCAGGCCUUCCUCCCACAGAUGGCCCAGGCAAAUGAAAAGCUACGAAAGGAAAUGGCGGCUGCUCCAGCUGAUUGCUUCAAUAUUGAGAAUAUUGAUGGGACAUCCGGAAACAUCAUACAGAUGGAUGUGGCCUUAUUUGAGAUGAACCGGUCAGAUUCAAAAGAAGAGGACAGCUCAGAAGAGAGCUCACAGGACGGCUCUGAGGACAGCUCAGAGUCUGAAGAUGAAGACUGCAUCCCCUCCGAAGUCACCAUAGACACCAUAAAGCUUCCGAAUGCAGAAGGUGGCAGAGGCAAGAUUGAAGUUUUAGACAGUCCGGCAAGUAAAAAAAAGAAGCAGUGAGAUAGGCCAGUGAAAAGAGGCAGGUCCUCCCUACCUGCGACUGGGGGAAGGUGGUUCUGGGGUGAUGGGUCCAGGGUCCCUGUGAUGCUCUUUCAGUGUCAAAAAGAAAAAUUCGCAAGUCUGGGUGUGUUCUAAAUAGGAAGUGUUUCGAUCUUGACUACAGAGAGGGCAGCACCCUUGGGUACUGAGAAGGGAAAUAGGGAAGAAAUAACUUUUGAUUGGUUGGUUACAUGAGGCAUUUGCCUAAGUUGACAUGGUCUGAACAGUGUGGCCUGUGACUCAGUGAAGCCCAUCUACACUAAAAUCCGGCUACUAGUUAGAACAUUCCCGCUUCCAAAUUGAGGGUUUUGGUUUUGGUUUGUUUCUAUACCAAGGCAGAUUGCAGUUUGUUAUAUAGGAACUGGGUACUAGAGACCAGCCCAGAAUAAUGGCCCCUGCCAUUUAAGGUAUGAUGGUGGCUAGAUUUUGUUUGUUUUGUUUUUGUUUUUGUUUUUUGAGACAGGGUUUCUCUGUGUAGCUUUGGUGCCUGUCCUGGAACUCACUUGGUAGCCCAGGCUGGCCUCAAACUCACAGAGAUCCACCUGGCUCUGCCUCCCGAGUGCUGGGAUUAAAGGCGUGCGCCACCACUGCCCGGCGAUGGUGGCUAGAUUUUAUUAAAGGAAACCAAAAUUGCCUUUUAAAGAUUUGUAAAUGGACAGCAUUCAGAUCCUGUAAAGGCAUACUGAGCUCUUGCUGUAAAGAGGUUUAGUGUUUACAAAUCUCUGUGUGCUGUAUCACUGUGUGCUGCUAUAUGUAUAUGAAUUCAUGUAAA